GGCUCUCACACCAAAGACAGCGGAUCAAAAGAGAGUGGAACAACCUGAAGGACAACUGGAGAAUGUUGCUUGGUGGAAAUUGAGGGAAUCAAAAGACGAAGACCAACUGCAAACAUGCUCAAUGUGGAGGUUUACCCCAGUGUGACUCACAGCGUUGGAGAUCGCUGUAACCGAGACAGGGAAGCCCCUGCACACACACUUUUAUUCGCUCCCACUUGUGACAUGACCCAGAGGAUGCUGGUGCCCCCACCUGUCCACAGCGAGGCUGCUAAGCUCCACAGAGAUGAGGUGAAGAUGGAGCUGGAGAACUCGGCUCUGUGGAAGCAGUUCAGUUCACAGGGAACAGAGAUGAUCAUUACAAAAAAGGGCAGGCGUAUGUUCCCGGGGUUGAGGCUGAAGCUGUCUGGCUUAAACCCGUCUUUCCGUUACAUCCUCCUCCUCGACAUCGUUCCAGUGGACAACUCUCGCUAUCGUUUCCAAGGUGGUGGCUGGCAGGCCGUUGGAGCAGCAGAAGCCAGGCUACCAGACCGGGCGUUCAUCCACCCAGACUCGCCUGCCACAGGCGCACACUGGCAGAGUCGCACCAUCUCCUUUCAUUAUGCCAAGCUGACCAACAACACGCUGGACACACAGGGACAUAUCAUCCUGCACUCGCUGCAUCGCUACCAGCCCAGAGUUCAUGUGAUUGAAGCCAGAGACAUGUUGAGGUGGGGUGGAGGACAGCACACCUUUGUGUUCCCCGAGACCCAGUUCAUCACAGUUACCGCCUACCAGAACAGCAAGAUCACAGACCUAAAGAUCAACUCCAACCCCUUCGCUAAAGGCUUCAGAGAGGACGGCAUGAACAGCAAACGACAAAGAGAUGCAAGACAAAAGCGCAAAGUUGUAAACCUGAAGGACACUUUGGAGAACGCAAACUGUGACUCUGCUGAGUUUCUGCCAGAGCCCACGAGCCCCAGGACGGACCUGCAGGCGCUCGGCUUGGCCUCUCUGCCUCAACCACCUGAGCCCCGCUGCGUCUUCAAAGCUGGCGAGGCUUCCUAUCAGGACGUGCUGGCCCAUGACCAGUCGCUGGACCUGGGCCAGAGUUUCCUAGCCUCGGGGAUGUCUGAUAUCGGUAUUGCAAUGAACCACAGAAUGCAAGAAAGACAAGAAAAUGAAGAGGCAGAGAGGAUGAUUGAAAGAUCAGAGGCGAUGGCGGAACAAGCCUACGCUUUUUGUGCUACUCAAGACAACUCCUCCUCUUUUCCUUCAGCUCCUCUUCCUCAGACGUCCUCCUCCUUCCCCUCGCCCCAUGCCCCAGACUCCUCUGACACUUCGGGGCCUCAGAACUCCCUCAACUAUCCUCCCCUCUCUCUCUCAUCUGGCCCUGAUCACCCUAACACUCCUGCCCUGCAGCAGACCUCAUUCAACUUCCCAACUCCACCCCUUUCUGACUCCGCCUCUUCCCCGCUGCCCCUCGUCUCAUCCUCCUCCACGCCCUCCUCCACUAAUUACCACAUCAUGCCAGAGGCUGUCAGCCCCCAGACUCCUGCCUCCUUUCCUGCCCCUCCUGCCUCCUGCCAGUCAAAUCUUCAGAUUUGCAAUAAUUCACAGCCCCACCAGUUCUAUCUGGGUGAAGCCGUUUUCCACGGCGAUAAUCCACCCAGCGACCAGACAUCAACAGCUUUUACUUAUCCAAAUGUCCCGCCCACAAAUCCAGAUCCUCCUUCAGCUGUCACUCAACCCCUCAUCCACCAGCCUCCAUCUCUACCAUGCUCCCACAGCGCCCUCUCGUCCUGCUCUUACCCCUCCAUUCCCCCUCAGAUGCAAACUCUCCCAUAUCCGAGUUUGUCUCCAAGCCCCACCCUGCACCUCCCCAAUCUGACCCACCAAGCCUCAUCUAACUCCCACACUUCCACCUUCCCUCCUUGCUCUUUUACCCACGCAUCUUCCUCCCUCCCUCCCCCCUCCUUCCAAGCCGCCUCUUGCUUGGUUAGAUCUUCCUCGUUUCAGCCGUCUGCCUGUGCUGCUGGAGCUUAUCCUCAAAGCCUGCCUCAUCCAUCUGCCUCCUCCUCCACCUGCUCAUAUCCUCCAGGUGUCAUCGCCCACCCUCCCCCUUUGACAUAUCGCCCUGAAGUGGUACUGCACCAUCCAGCUUCCCUGUCCUCCCCCACCCCUCCUCCCACCCUCUACACUGCCUUCCCAUCAUACCCUCUGCGUCUGGAUCCUCACUCCUCCCUGAGCAUCCCCUUCAGGCCUCUCUAUCGGUAAAGCCUGCGGAGACAUCUGCACCUCAGUGGAACCAUCAGAGAAUUUACAAAAGACUGACAACGCAAAAAAAAGGACCGUUAUUUUUUAUUGCCACAAUGUAGCAAAACAUAGAAGUAGGAAAAGCAAAUCAUUGUACUUGGAAUGGGAAUUGUGCAUGAAUACUUUAAUUAAUCUUAUGCUAAUUUGUAUAU